GACACCUAUUCCCGGCAGCCAAUCACGUUCUCUAAUCGUUCCUCUUUUCUCGACCACGGUAUCGGGUCUGACGUGUGUAACUAUAUCUGGGUGGUUACGAAGAAUUUUUUUAUUGAGAAUAAUUAACAGAAUGGCAGCCCAGUGGAUACGUAAAGCCAUCUCUCCAAAGCUUGGCAGGGUACGACUGUACAGCAGUAAAGUUCACAAAUGUACUCUUAUACCAGGAGAUGGUAUUGGACCCGAGAUUUCGGCUGCCGUGCAGAAAAUCUUCGACGCAGCCAAGGUACCGAUAGAAUGGGAUACUGUGGACGUAACACCAGUGCGUGGGCCAGAUGGCAAGUUUGGUAUCCCACAAGCAGCUAUCGAUUCAGUUAAUAGAAAUAAAAUUGGGCUAAAAGGACCUUUAAUGACUCCAGUUGGAAAAGGCCACAGAUCUCUUAACCUGGCACUAAGAAAAGAGUUCAACUUGUAUGCUAACGUACGCCCUUGCCGUUCGUUAGAAGGAUACAAAACACUUUAUGACAACGUGGACGUUGUCACAAUCAGAGAGAACACAGAAGGUGAAUAUUCUGGUAUCGAGCACGAGAUUGUCGACGGCGUUGUGCAGUCCAUUAAGCUCAUCACUGAGGACGCUUCACGCAGGGUAGCAGACUUCGCCUUCCAGUAUGCUCAAGACAAUAACAGGAAAAAGGUAACUGCCGUCCACAAAGCGAAUAUCAUGAGAAUGUCCGACGGUCUUUUCCUACGCUGCUGUCGCGAAGCAGCUGGAAAGUUUCCAUCUGUAAAAUUCGAGGAAAAAUACCUAGACACGGUUUGCUUAAACAUGGUUCAAGAUCCUAGUCAAUACGACGUGCUAGUUAUGCCUAAUCUUUACGGUGAUAUCCUGUCGGACAUGUGCGCCGGUCUCGUAGGUGGUCUUGGUUUGACACCUAGCGGAAAUAUUGGUCUCAAUGGUGCUCUCUUCGAAUCCGUGCACGGUACGGCACCAGAUAUUGCUGGUCAGGAUAAAGCCAAUCCAACGGCUCUCUUAUUGUCUGCCGUGAUGAUGCUGAAACAUAUGGGCUUGAACGAACAAGGCAGGAUCAUCGAACACGCCGCAUACGACACCAUCAAGGAAGCUAAGUAUCUUACGGGCGAUCUUGGCGGUACUGCCAAAUGCAGCGAAUACACCGACGAGAUUUGCAAGAGAGUUGCGUCGCAGAUUAAGUAAUUGAAAAUUUCUGGUAUUUAAGCAAACUGCCAAAUACUCGUAGAUUUUUUGUCCACGGAGAGACGCAGCUUUCCGACAUCCCCAGCAUCGUCAUCGUGACUCGCACGACAGCGCGUACCUUGACAAUUUUAACGGCAGAUCAAAGAACAGGACAAUGUAGAUACAUUUUUCGUUGUAACUUUCAACCGAGUCCAUCGUCUUUAUUUUUACGUCCUAAAAAAUAAGCCUAACGAUUGUCGUCCGAUAAUAACCAUCUGCUGACAAGAGCGGCAUUUAAUAUCAUUUUACUGGGAAUGCUCGUGUAUGGAGAAAAUUUCAAACUUUCACGUAUAUAUACUGCGCCUUAGCAAAUUGUUCAUAGUCACAGGCGAUUCGAGUCAUAGUACACACUGUAAAGAUUAGCUGUGUAAAUUAAUAUAAGUAACACUGUGUAUAACGAAUAUAUAUAAAAGGUUGUAGGGACGUCUGAGUGAUAAGUUCUCGAUGAGGAGCAUCAGUAAUGAACAUGUUGUGCAGUAUUAUCAAUUAAUAAAAACAACAUAAAACCAUA